AUGGCUCCCAGGAGGAUGGAAACUAAACCGGUGAUCUUCUGUCUGAAGACGCUGCUGCUGCUCUACUCUUUGAUCUUCUGGGUGACAGGUAUCGUCCUGCUGUCAGUGGGGUUAUGGUGGAAGUUCAUGUUGGGCCCCUACAUGUUGUUGAUCUCCAGUGGCCCGUCCAACGCUCCAUACGUCCUCACCGGCACCGGAGUCGCCAUCGUGCUGUUUGGACUGUUCGGCUGCUUCGCCACCUGCAGGGGGCGCCCCUGGAUGUUAAAACUGUACGCUGUGUUCCUGUCUGUGGUCUUCAUGACUGAACUUAUUGCUGGAAUCUCUGGAUUCGUCUUUCGGCAUGAGAUUAAAGGGACAUUCUUCACUUCGUACAGCGACGCAGUGAUGAAAUACGAUGGGCGAGAUGACAGGAGUCUGGCUGUGGACGGUGUUCAACGUAGAUUACAGUGCUGUGGAGUUUAUAAUUACACCAGCUGGUUCAGCAGUGUGUAUUUUCCGGUCAGUGGGAUUCCUUCCAGUUGCUGCGUUACUUUCUCUGACUGCAGCAUAGCAGACCUGAAGAACGCCACUCUGGCUGCAAACAAAGUCCACAAACAGGGUUGUUACGAGUUGGUGACGUCCUUCAUAGAGAGCAACAUGGGAAUCAUCGCUGGAGUUACUUUUGGCAUCGCCUUCUCUCAGUUGAUAGGGAUGUCUCUGGCCUGCUGUUUGUCUCGCUUCAUCAACGCCAACCAGUACGAGAUGGUGUGACAGAAAAGGGACCGUGAAGCACGUUACCAUGGGAACCUGGAAACGCACUCACAUCUUGAAUGAACCGGUUGACAUUCGUCUUGUAUUUAUUUUAGUUUUUUUCUCUGUGUCUGUGAAAAAACCUGAAUCCCUGAAAGUUUUUUGCCCUUUUGUCUUUCACACUUUCAUGAAGCCGAUUGUGAAAAUCUGUCGAGGUUCACAUCAAGACAAAUGACACCAUUAAUAAUAAUAAUAAUAAUAAUAUGAAAUAAAUGUAAAAGUUUCCUGUAUUUUUUGUUUUUAUUUUGUUGAUGGGAUUACGUUUAUGUCUUCAGUUGCAAUGGAAAUGUUUAAUGGUUCAAAGUCAUGUGAUUGAAGUAAAGCACCUCGAGGUGAGAUUGUUCACUGUGUUGUAGUUUAUUUUGGGUUUAUCUGGCAGACACUCCUAAAUAAAUGUGUAUGGGACUCA